UCAGCUCUGCCCGUAAACUACUACGAAUGCCCUCAAAUAGCCUUACUAUGAUACUCCUUAAUAGUAGAAAAGCACACCAACAUACUUUUUGAGUUGUCAGUACAUCGUAUGGUGCUCAAUACCAUGAUAAUGCAAUUGGAAAGCCCUAACUUCAUUAUACCCAACAAUCACACCUGGCUUCCUGAACGUAUGAAGAAUAUACUCGCCGGCUUCUUGGUAUGUCUUGGGAAUGAGACAAUUGGAAGCAUUGCUUUCACAGAUCACAAGAAACCGAAAGACAAUUCAUAUCUGAUUAGAAAAAAGAAAGAUACGUUGGCGUUCUUCAAUAAAAUCACCGACGUGAAAGCUGCUCAGACAGCCUUUCCACAUCUUUCAAGUCUUAACGUGGAUAUUAGCUGUCGGCAGUGGUUCCGUAAUACUCUAGAAGUUGAGGUUAUUGCGAGCAUUAUUUGCGGAAUGUAGAUCUAUGAGAAGAUUAGUUCUGAAGGAGCAGCCGGUCGAAGUCUCGAUGGUAGCCCUCGAGAUGAUCAAGAGAGUGCAUAUCCGGGAUCAAUUAUCUUGAAAAAAGAAGUGUCAGAGCGCAACCUACUUUCUCUUUGCAACGAGGUAUCCAAAUUGGAAUCCGCAAAACUUUCUGCCAGAGCGUAA